AUGUUAUCCGCAAUGCUAAGGUGGCUAGAAGUCCAAUAUCAGCAGCCACAAGCUGGAUCAAAUAACUACGAAGAUUACGAGAACGGCUACAAUAGAAGACAAGAAGAGGCUCCUCAGCGAAAUUACGCCAAUGCCCCUGCACCACGAGAAGGAAAAGCAAUAGCAGCGAAACCAACUCCCCCAGUGGCAAUUCUGAAGCAAAUAAACCGGCACAAUGAGGAUGGCUCUUACACUUACGGGUUCGAAGGAGCCGACGGUUCCUUCAAAAUCGAAACAAAGCUUGCUAACGGAGAAGUUAAGGGAAAAUACGGUUUCGUCGACGACACGGGCAAAGUCCGGGUAGUUGAAUACGGUGCCAACCAAUACGGAUUCCAACCCUCUGGAGAAGGCAUCACUGUCGCCCCACCGACGUUGGUUGAUGAUACCACAGACAAAAACCAACAGCCGAUAGAUUAUGACUACCCUCAAGGACCAGCGAACUUCAAGCAGCAAGAAGUACAAAGGCCAGCACCUCCUCCACCACCCCAGCAACCCAGACCACAACGGCCACAAUAUCAACCGCCUCAAGAAUACGCUGCCCAGCCAAAGACUCCGAUAUUCACCCCAGCAGCACAAUCUCAGUUUUCUCAGCAGUUCGAUUAUGAAGAACGGCCUCCUGUUUCUCAGGCGCUCAAUCAAGGACCUGUUCAGUUCAACCCUGCUCCUGCUCGGGAAGCCCAACCCUCUAGUCUGACUCGUAAUGUUCAACGCGCGGCACACAAUGCGGGGGUUCUCGAUCAAUUAGCUAGGGAGUAUGCUCUUCCUCAGGAUGCUGCUGCGCCGUUACACGACAUUAGUUUUGGAUAUUAUAAAUAA